AGCUUCACUCUCAAAUGACGGAUUCCACUGCACCAAACCGAUUAUGGCGUGAGACGCCGCUUGUGCCAUCCCAUCACAUCUCGGAGAUCCUGAAUCGUUCGGCGUAUUUGAAACUUGACAUGUUCCAACCCUCUCAAUCGUUCAAAUAUCGUGGCAUCUCUCACUUCGGGCAGAAGAUGAAAGAGAUUCAUGGACCGUCCGCUCACUUUGUCAUUGCCUCGAGUGGAAAUGCAGGGCUAGCUGCCGCGAUGACCGCCAAGGAUCUGGGAUUGCGAUGUACCGUGUACCUUCAUGAAGGCGUGUCUGAAGAAACGCAGGCAGCAUUGCGCCGCCAAAAAGCGGAAGUUAUAAUUGUUGGCAAGGUUUACCUGGACUCUUUGCAAGCCAUGCGGAACGAUAUGAAGAAAGACCCACAUGCCGUCACUGUCCCAGCCUACGACGACCCAUUGAUCUGGGAAGGGCAUGCGUCCAUGAUCCAAGAAAUUCGAGAACAGCUUGUUGCAAAGCCCGAUGUUAUAUUCUGUAGUGUAGGUGGCGGUGGUCUCCUAGGAGGCGUGCUGACUGGGUGCAGGAACGCCGGGUGGGACGAUAUACCCAUUGUUGCCAUUGAGACUCAUGGCUCAAACUGCUUCUAUCAAACGAUGGCUGUGAACACAGAUAAUUUCGGUCUUGGGAACCUCCCGAAGGCAGAGGAUGCCCCAUACGACGUGAUAAGAGAUGAAACAUACAAUCUCAACCUGGCCCACCUUCACAACAUCAACUCAUGUGUCGCAUCUCUAGGAGCCACUUCGCCAGCAGCCGGAAUAGUACGCUUGGCACUGGAUCGGACUGGGAACGGUCGUGUUAAGUGCGUUACGAUCGCGGAUGACAUGACAAUGUGGGCUUCCAAGUCCUUUGCAGACGACCACAAGAUCAUGGCGGAGUUAUCCUGUGCAGCUACCCUCGCACCCGCUUAUAAUAAGGCAGUGUUUGACUUCAUUCUGCCCGACACCGACGGUAGAGAUCAAAAUAUUGUUUUCGUCGUAUGCGGAGGCAUCAAGGUAUCUGUGGAUGAGAUGGUGACUUGGAACUUGCAGAUGAAGGCGGCUGCAAAGAAAGAACCUGAGUGGAAAGUUACGUGUAACGGGCGGGACUUAAACACGCCAAAGUAGAGUCGAGGACAGUAAAUCUAGAAGGAAAGCCGAUCGUCAAUGCGGCCUUGAGGGGUGUACUGAACGUACAGGAACCAAUACUCUCCUCACCACCACUUGAACCAUCCGACUGACGAAGACGCUGACGAAUCGCUCUGAGUUUCCCUCAUUUGUUCGACACGCUCCCUUUGCUGGCGACGGAUAAGCUUCUCCGCUUUGAUUCUUUCCAGCUCUUCUCGCACAGCGCUCGACUCUGUCGGUAAUCGACUAUGAAAGCGAUCU